UGUUUACUUCCUGCGCAGACCGGAAGCCUCACAGGGAGCCGUCUGGAGGUGACCGAAUGGCAAUGAUAAGAAUUUAGUUGCUCAGUAAACGUGAGAGUUAAAUUGUUUUUGCAUUCGGUUGUGAUUCACUGCAGUCAGAAUGGGGUCUCAUCUUGUGCGAAGUUAUAUCACGGAAACCGACACGACUCCAGACCCCCAGCAGCCGUCGGCUUAUGACCCACAGCUGGGCUUCGCGGAGCGGAAGGAGAGAGUUAUGGUGGCCUCGCAGGAGCAGAUGAAUCUGGCAAUGUUGCCGGUGGAGCAGCGAGAUUACUGCGCCCAUAACCUUCUCAAGCUCAUGAAGUGCAAGAGGGACAACUUUCCCAAUUUCCUCGCCUGCAAGCACGAGAGACAUGACUGGGACUACUGUCAACAUCAGGAUUAUGUGAUGCGGAUGAAAGAGUACGAGCGAGAGAGAAGACUCAACCUGAGGAAGAAGAGGAUCGAGACAGAGGCACAGGCAGCAUAAAGAUUCAAUCUUUCUUUUUCCUCAUCACAUCCUUCCCGGUUUUUCUGUGUAUAUAACUAGCUCUUAACAAUAAAGAGUAUCUCAUGAGCCUUCAGAAUGAA